AUGUUUGACUGUCUUUCAAUCAUUCCGCCUCACCCACUAUCCUCCUCCGCCUCACCUGCUAUCCUCUUCCGCUUCACCCGCUAUCCUAUUCCGCCUCACCUGCUAUCCUCUUCUGCCUCACCUGCUAUCCUCAUCCGCUUCACCCGCUAUCCUCUUCCGCCUCACCUGCUAUCCUCCUCUGCCUCACCCGCUACCCUCUUCUGCCUCACCUGCUAUCCUCCUCUGCCUCACCUGAUAUCCUAUUCCGCCUUACCUGCUAUCCUCUUCUGCUUCACCCGCUACCCUCUUCCGCUUCACCUGCUAUCCUCCUCUGCCUCACCUGCUAUCCUCUUCCGCCUCACCUGCUAUCCUCUUCCACUUCACCUGCUAUCCUUUUCCGCCUCACCUGCUAUCCUCCUCUGCUAUCCUCUUCCGCCUCACCUGCUAUCCUCUUCCACUUCACCCUUCACCCUCUUCCGCCUCACCCUUCAUCCUCUGCCUCACCACUAUCCUCUUCCGCCUCACCUGCUAUCCUCUUCCGCCUCACCUGCUAUCCUCCUCUGCCUCACCUGCUAUCCUCUUCCGCCUCACCUGCUAUCCUCCUCUGCUAUCCUCUUCCGCCUCACCUGCUAUCCUCUUCCGCUUCACCCGCUACCCUCUUCCGCCUCACCUGCUAUCCUCCUCUGCCUAACCUGCUAUCCUCUUCCGCCUCACCUGCUAUCCUUUUCCACCACACCUAUGAGGCGCACCGUAGCGUUUCGAAGCCACUACCCUAGAGUCUAA